UUAUGUAGCUGUUGUUUUUAUUAAAAAUGUUGAAUUUGAAUUGUGUUAUAUGUGCGGAAUUGUUUGCGCAGUCCGAUGAGGUCUACGUAACAAUUUGCGGCCACAUGUUCCAUCACACCUGCCUAAUGCAAUGGCUGGAACGCUCCAAAACGUGUCCUCAAUGCCGCAAUAAAUGCACUACUCGCAACAUAUGGCGCGUGUACUUCAAUCUGGCCAACUUGGAUGUAAGUCGCAUUGAUGUGGGUUCGCUGCAGGAACAGCUGGACAAUGCAAAUCUGGCCAUGAAAGUUAAGGAUAAGGAAUGCACAAAGUUGGAGCAGCAAAUGAAGGAGUUAAAGGAAACACAAAAAAAGUGCCUGAAAACCAUUGCGGGGCUAGAACAAAAACUACAGAAGAAUGAUUUUCUGGUCUGUUCCUAUGUGGAACAAAUAAAUAUUCUGAAGAGUGAUGCCAAGGUGGUAGAUGAGCUACGUAAAGAAAAUAAAACAUUGAAACAGCAAAUUCAGGCAAUGGAAGAUCUUUCAGCGAUUAUGAAGGCCAAUGCAGGAGACGCUGAGCGUAUGCUGAAAAAUGAGUGUAACCCGCAGACCCUCGCUAGUUGGGUAUCGAUCCUAAAACGGGAGCUACGACAAUGCGAAAACAAGAAGACUGAGCUGCGGAAUGUGCUUAAAGUGGUACAGAGUGAUUUGCGCAAAGAGCUGGAAUUGAAACGUAAAUUUGAGGAGCGAAUUUCGCAACUUGAAAGCGAUUUCUACCAGGCCCAAGAAAAGCUAAAAGCGCUUGAUUCGCAACCUAUCACUAUAUUGGAUUCACCAAACUCUAUUAUGGGUCUAAAGAACAAUGUUCUUGCAUUGAAACGUGAGGAGAGGCGGUCCACAAUCUCACCUACUAUUAAAGAAAAUAUCAAGCGAAUCGAAGAAUCUACUUCCCCAUACCUCAAUAUCAAGUCGAGCAGUGUGGGACUCGGAACCUUGUUAAAGUCGAAAAGCGCACUUGAAGGACUAAAAUUGUCACCUAUUAGAAAUGGGACUGGUAUUUCGAUGACCACUGGCGCUGUUCGCAAAGCAUCCAGCCAUCUUUCUGAAAAGUAUUCAAUUUUGAAAAAACCACGAUUGCUCCUUGGUGGUACAACGACAACAAUGAAACCCCUUAGUUCAAAUUUUGUCUUUAACGGCUUCGGUGGUUCUGAAAAGAUAGAUCCAUUCGCGGAGCGUGCAGAAGAGGAGGCCGUAGCAACGACCAGCAAGCCAAUUCCUAAGAAUAUUAAUGAUCGUCUUAAAGCUGGUGCACUGCGAAACUUUAAGCUGUCAAAAUAGAAGACUGUAAACAUUCUAGAUUAUAUAUCUUCAAGACUGUGUAAAAUGAAACAAACACGAGCAAUUUCGAGACGGUAUCCUUCCGAUAAAUACUGGAAGCAAACUACAAGUUAUUUUUGCAUGCUUUUAUCUCCAAAAAAAUUGCUCGCAAAAGGUUGUACUCCUUUAUAAUGUUGCCGAAUGUAUAAAACCUAUUAUGUUGUAUAAUCCCAUAUAAUUUAUUAGUUUGUAAUGUAUGCGAUAAUUGGUU